UUUACAUGGCCAUUCUACUAUCAAAAUACGUGAUUGGAUUUGAUAACGAAACCACGUUCAUAUCAGAUUUCUUCUUCAAUCAUAAAGUCACUUUAACUUUGAAUGUUUGUUGGAAACAAGACAAGAUUAUGUCAUUCCUGAAAUCCAAUUUUCGAUCAGAAUAUCCAAAGAUGAUAAAAAUUCGGCAAAACGUUAGCUCGCAAGAACUGGAGAAAUUUUUUCGACACUCUCCAACCAGUAACUGGUUCGUAAUGGACUUCAUCAAUUGCAAGAAUGUUGAUUAUAUUCUAAAUCAUAUGAACGUGUCCAACCUCUUCAGGUAUCCACUGAAACAUUUAUUUUUAUUAGACAUCAGCUCCUACUACAGAUUCUUGAGCAAAAUAAAAUAUUGUGAUGUUUUUCCGAUGAGCGAAGUUUUCGUUGCGGUUUUUGACCAUUUGGAAGUGAAUAUAUACCAACCUUACAAAAUUAGAAAGCCAGAAAGUUUGACAUUGGAACACUAUGGAAAUUGGUCUUCUCAAAAUGGAUUAACGUACUUUUACAAAAAUAUCCCAACUACUAGCAGGCGACGGAACUUCCAUAAAUCCGAAGUUAUCGUGAGCGUGGUAGUCAAUAACAACAAAAGUUUGGAAGUAGCCAAUUUUGAUGAUUUUGCGGAAGCCAAAGCUGAUGAGCCGUACUUUUUUCAAGAUUUUCCUAACGUUUACAGCCUACUACAGUAUAUGAAUGCAUCUUUUACAUUUAGAGUAUUUACUUCUUACGGAUAUUUGAACGAAACUACAGGAAAAUUUGAUGGAAUGGUCAACUACGUGUCUGAAGGAAAAGCUGAUAUUGCUGGAACAGCUCUAUUUUUGACGGAAGAACGCCACAAAGUGGUUGAAUUCAUCAAAACGUUCGAUUCGUGGGGAUCCAAAUUCAUUUUGAAAAAACCGUCGAUGUCUUAUAUUGAAAAUAUUUAUUGGAUGACAUUCACUAACAAAGUGUGGAUUGCGUCCAUUAUAAUUUUAAUAAUUUUUGGCACAUUUCUAUUUUAUUUGUUGAAUUGGGAAAAGAGAAAAUGCCAGAGCGGAAGAAGAACCUACACCGUGAGCGAUAUUACUCUGAUGUCUUUCGAAGCUGUUUGUCAACAAGGAACUUAUAUCGACUCGGCUACUUACUCUGGAAGACUAAUGAUUUUUAUGUUGUUCACUGCGUUCAUGUUUCUUUAUGUGGCCUACUCAGCAUAUAUUCUAGUACUACUUCAAUCGACAAAGCCCAUAUCUUCGAUUAGAAGACUGGUUGACAGCAGAAUUGAAUGUGGGGGGUUAAACAUAAGCUUCAUGAUGCCAUAUUACCAUCUAACCAAAGAUGAAGCAUUGAAAGAUUUAUACAGUAAAAAAAUUCACCCCAAUCAGUUUUUCACCCUAGAAGAUGGACUUAGAAAAGUCCAGGAUGGAAAUUUUGCAUUUCAAGUUAUCCUCGGUCCGGCAUACAACUACAUCCUGAAAACUUACACGAAUUAUGAUAUAUGUAAAUUGCAAGAACUUUCUGGAUUUAUGAACGCUAAAAUGUAUGUAGCUGUUCCAAAAAGUUCUCAGUAUAAAAAAAUCUUCAAAAUAGGACUCUUGCGUGUUGAAGAAAGUGGACUACAAAUCAGAACCAAGAAUCGCGUCUCUAUGAAACCGAAGUGCUACAAUGAAGGGGGAAAUUUUCAGUCCGUCAGAAUUUACGAUUGUCAUUCAGUAUUCCUACUGUAUUUACUAGGAAUAAUCUUAUCCUUGGUUAUUCUUUCGAUAGAAAAGUUGCUGGCAAAGUAUAGUGGGAAAAAUUGUUGAAGUUGAUUACAGUUUUCAAUUAUGUAAUUUAUUAAUGACAAAUUAGAAGAGAGUGCACCUAAUUUCACGUGAUCAUUCAUUGAAAAUGAAUAAAAACUUGUAUUAAAACACCCUUUUAUGAAGCUAAACAACAUACGCACUAAGUUCUUCAAUAAAAUUCAAUGGUACAUUUGA